UCGGUGUAUGGGGGAGCUCAAACUGGCACUGUCAAAAUCUCUGGUGGUAGUGCCUCCAUGUUCGCCCAAAGUAGUGGCAGUGGUAGUGGUUCUGCGUUCUCCUUCGGCGGUGUUGGCGGGGGAGGUGCCGGAGGUGGUGCCGGAGGUGACCUUGACAUCACUGCCAACGAGAAGAUGGCCAUGCAGAACCUGAACGACCGCCUGGCUUCCUACCUGGAGAAGGUGCGCAAGCUGGAGGCUGCCAAUGCUGAGCUGGAGCUGAAGAUCAGGGAGUUCCUGGAGAAGAAGGCCUCUCCCUCCUCCAGAGACUACAGUGCCUACUAUGCCACCAUUGCAGAGCUGCAGGGAAAGAUCCUGGAAGCUACCAAGGUCAACGGUGGCAUCUACCUCAGCAUCGACAACGCCAAACUGGCUGCUGACGAUUUCAGACUCAAGUAUGAGAAUGAGCUUGCUAUGCGCCAGUCAGUGGAGGCUGACAUCUGUGGGCUGAAGAGGGUCCUUGAUGAGAUCACCAUGAGCGGGACAGACCUGGAGAUGGAGAUUGAAGGCCUGAAGGAGGAGCUGAUCUUCAUGAAGAAGAACCAUGAGGAGGACAUGCUCGGCUUGGGGAACUCAAUGAGCGGCCAGGUGAACGUAGAGGUGGACGCUGCUCAAGGACCCGACCUCGCUCAGAUCAUGGAGGAGAUCAGGGAGCAGUAUGCAGCUGCUGCCGCCAAGAGCAAGAAAGAACUUGAUGCCUGGUUCCAGGCAAAGACAGAUGCUCUGAACAAAGAGGUUGCUGUUAGCACAGAGGGCAUCCAAACAUCCAAAACUGAGUUGACUGAGCUCAAGCGAACGCUGCAAGCUCUGGAGAUUGAGCUGCAGUCACAACUCAGUAUGAAAGCAUCUCUGGAGGGCACCCUGGCUGAAACCCAGCAUCAGUACGCCAUACAGAUAGCAUGUUUUCAGAGCCAGGUUUCUUCUUUGGAGGGGCAGCUGAUGCAGCUGAGAGCUGACCUGGAGCGUCAGGGCCAAGAGUACCAGUGCCUGCUGGACAUCAAGACCAGACUGGAGAUGGAGAUCGCCGAGUACAGGAGGCUGCUGGAUGGAGAGGAGCGCUCACCCUCACCUGCUCCCCCAGUCUCCACUUCAAUUACCAAACAGAAAGUCAUCACCAUCGUCGAGGAGGUAGUGGAUGGGAAGGUGGUUAGUUCCACCCAGUCCGAGGUUGUGAAGGAGCUGUGA